AUGCAGGGCCGCUACGUCGACGCAGUGCAUUCUUUGAGUGAUUGCCAUCGAGCUCUGCGGACAUAUCGAGAUCAAUCGGAGGAGAUUCGUCGGCUACGCACUUUGAUAUGUGCCAACGACGAGGCUCAGGGGAACUUGGAACGACAGGUGGAUGCUUUGAGGGCUCAGCUUCAUUCGCUCCAAGCCGAACUCAACUCUCUCCGACAGCAGCGUGAUCAGCUGACCAUGGACAUAUCCUUCCUUCACAUAGAUUUUUUGCACUUGAAGGAGCAAUUGGCUCAGUCUCAGGAGGAGAUCGCAGAUGGACUGUCUUCGAUCAGCGAUCUCAUGCAACAAGUGGAUGGUUUGACUCCCCUAGAGGGUCAGUUGGCACUUUCGCAGGCGGAGAACGCCAACCUACGUCGUCAGCUUGCGGAACACCUCGAGAUAUACGACCAGUUGCAGGUGGUGGAGCAUGAUCGGGAUCAGGCUAUAGCUGAACACCGUGCUCUCCUCGACACACUGAACAGUGCUAUACUCGGAUCCCGGUCGUCUGCGUUGACCGCUCGAUCGACGCCUAAGAGUGCUACUCCGGCCGGAUCGCCCCCUGCUCCCACUACCCCGGGAUCGAGAUCGCUUGCCCGUAGGUCCAGAUCGAGAUCGUCCGGCCCGCCUGCCAAGCGUCGGCGUAUUCAACCAAGGUCACAAUCCAGUGAUUCUUCCACCGCCCGUGUGGCUUCCCGGCUAUUGUCGUUGAACCCUUCAAUACCUUUAAACAAACUUCCCGGAUUGGCCCCACCCGAGCCUCCACCCAAUUCUUCUUGUUCUCCGCUUUCGUCCGCGGCUUCUGGGACUGGAUCGGGAAGUGAGGAGCUGACCGAGUCGGAUUCUAGCUCGGAUGAUUUGACUCGUGCUGCAUUAUCCCAAUCGAGAUCGGCCUCUCGUCGUCAACCUAGAUCGGAUGCCCGAUCUUCGACCCCGAACCCCUCUCCGGCCGCUCGGGACGUUCCGGAGCCUCGUUAUCUUUCGUACCCAUCCACUCCGGUCGCGGCUGUCCCCGUAGUCGAAAUUCAAGAUGAUGGCGGCGUAGAAGACGUGGAGGUAUCGCCGACAGGGGAGACACACAGCGAGACUGGCUCUGUUAGUCCGCCUCCGGAGUCCACUGCACUUUCGGAUCGCCAUUCGUCCGAUAGCGAAAACAGCAUCACCCUUCCGGCACGCCAAGUGGCUAACAGAGUUUUCUCUUCCGUGGACUUCGACAAUCUUCCGCCACUCCAGCAACCACGGGAUCGGUGGAUUCCCAACUAUCUGGCGCCCUCCCGACGGGUAGCUUCCGAGAUCGCUCCAUGGUCCGUUUCGCGGAUCGCGAUGGUUUGCGUGAGGACCAUGACCAUUGAGCUGUUGUUUCACCACUACUCCAAACCCAGGAAUUUUCUGUUUCCCUUCUACAAUCAUGGACGAACCCCGCCUACGGGGACUUGGGCUUCUGGGCUGAUCUCGCGGCAACACAUCGAGGCUCUUUACGCUUUAGCCCCUUGGGAUAAUAUCAUAGUCCCAGUGAACCCGAUAUCAUUCACCAUGACUGGAUGGUAUCGUGAUAUGGGUCAUCGGUACCUGGAGCUUGAGUCCACUCAUCGACAAGCUCUGUGGGAAUCUACUCAUGCUUUCCCGAUUCCUCCGGCUCAAAGGCGAUCUGAACGGUUCAUGCAGACAUUCUGGCGCCAACGAAAACAACGCCGUUCUCGCUUUGGAGCGCGUUGGAAGAACUUCUUGAAGAUGAUACUCAGCGGCAUGAUCGCUGGCCACUGUGAUAUCGACAUCUUGCUAGAUCCCUUCUUCCUCCACUAUCCGCGCCCACAUGAAGACCGAGUUUGGUAUCCAGGGUUAGGACACUCUAACGACCCAGCUGACUUGCUAGAGGCGUUGGACAUGGCAGACCAAGAGGAUCCUUGGCGCAACCAGUUCCGUAACGCCUAUUGGGAUCAUCCCGGAUCGCAGAUCCCUCGUCUGCAGGACAAGUUCAAACCUGCUCCAUCGUCUUAG